AUGCACGUGGAUGGGGAGGAAUCUAGGAAAAGAAAAAUAAAGCUGCCAGGAACUCCUAGUGAUAAAACUUCGGAGUGUGAGACAUCAAAAUCACUGACCUCUGACGCCUUUUUGGACAAAGAGUCUACAGCUGUAGAGAAGACGAUGAGGCCUCUUAACAGACUGAAUAUUCAUUCUGCAUUCUGGAUUUUGGCAUCAAUAGCUGUGACAUACUACUUUGAUUUUUUAAAAAAUAUUAAAGAAACUAUGCAAGCAGAUAGCUGGUGGCUUUCCUGUGGCACUUGUUUAUUGGCUGCAUGUUUAUCUGUUGCCUUUUACUGCAUACUGUAUCUUGAGUGGUACUGUGGAAUUCAGGACUAUGAUGAACAGUACCCUGCACUGAUUCCUAUCACAACAGCUACCUUUAUAGCAGCAGCAAUUUGUUUCAAUGUUGCCUUGUGGCCUGUCUGGUCAUUUUUUACACCUGUGUUGCUCUUCAUUCAGUUUAUGGGUGUUGUGAUGCUUGUGUCACUCCUGGGAUAAACCCUUCAGCUUCAUGUGAAGGACUCAAGUAACUGUAAUCCUGCAAAGUGUAUGUCACUUUUGUUACAUUCCAGUACUUCUGUUGUUUCUAAUACUGGCUCUUUGCUCUAACUAAUACAGUAAUUCUUAAUCUACUUGAUGUAUGAAUCAAUGGACAUAACCAUAGGAAAAAGCAACUGAUUAGUUGGAUUAAUUGGAAGAUAGAUAGGUUUUACAUCUCUUAGUAACAUGAGGCCUUUCAUUUUGUAAAGCUUUGUAAAGCUUCUAUUUAUAUUUGAAUAUUAAACACAUGAGUAGUAAGUAAUAGCACCAUAGAAUAGUUAGUGUUGAAAGGGACCUGUAAAUAUUAUCUCUGGGGGCCUCAGAGGUCACCUAAUUGAACUUCCUGCUCAAAUCAUGUUGUUUGAUUUGGAAGUAAGUGAUACUUAAAUCAAGUGUUGUGGGGUUUUAAUACUAUAUUCUUUCCAUUUGAAUUGACAGGUAAAAUACUGUUAUCUGGAACCUGUGUUUGUACUUGUAAACUUACUUACAGGAGACAUUUCUUUAUCUGUUAAAUUUCUACUGUUAUAUAUGUUACCAUGUAGGAAAUACUUUAUUAUCUAAUGUCUUGAGUUCAGAUCUGCUAGUGUUUA